AGGACGGUGCUAAUACUGACGGUUUUGUGCGUUGCUCUGCCUGCGAGAGGAGAUUCCGGGGGGAUUGAAGGGCGCGGAGAUGGAGUUUAAAGCCUUGAGGAAACCUUCAGCUCUCUUCAAAUACGUGGAAAUCUUAUUCGGCUUCCUGGCGCUGGUACUGUACCGGGGAGCGAAGCUGCCGCUCUGGGAAGUUUCCAACUCGACUAUCCUUUGGAUGAACCCGAACUUGGACGAAGGAGGUUACGUGGUCCUCGGGUGCCUGUUGGGGCUGUUUCUCUCCACCGUCGUGUUCUUCGCCCUCGCCCUCGGUCACGAACCCGGCCUUAUGGAGAUGGUACACGGAGGAGCGAGCGGCGGGUUCUACCUGGUCACAGGCUUAUUACUCCUCGACAGCGCGAGCGACUCUCAUGAAUCCAAGGAAGCGCCUUUGAUCCUCACCUCGGCAGUCUUCUGCAUAUUGCUCACCUUCGUCUUCAUGGCGAAUGCGCUCUUCGCAGCGUGGAAGUGGCGCAAUAACACCGGAUAGACUCCAGGAGAUUCCCAAAUCUCACGCCUGAAAAGUGAAUCCAGUGUCAUUUCCGUCUUGGAGUUUAAGCGAACCGAAUAAUAUUUAUCCAUAUUUAUCCAUAUCCAUUCUAGUUCAUUUUAAGUCAAAC